AUGAAGUUUGAAGGAAAGCAUGGCAGCAAUGGGACCUCUGUAGUAAAGAGGCAGCCAGAUAUAGAUAAGAAGCAUCAAGCAAAUGGGAAGCCAGCAGCAAAUGGGAAGCCAGCAGCAAAUGGGAAGCCAGCAGCAAAUGGGAAGCCAGCAGCAAAUGGGAAAGUUGAAGUCUACAGAGAGCCAGAGGCAAAUGGAAAGCAGUCUGCACUUGGGAAAAAUCUCAACACAUACACCUGGGAAGAGAUCCAGAGACACAAUCAGGAGACAGACCAGUGGCUGGUGAUUGAUCGUAAGGUCUACAACGUCACCAACUGGGCCCUCAAGCACCCAGGGGGGCCCCGCGUCCUCAACCACUAUGCUGGGGGCGAUGCCACGGAUGUCUUCAGAGCCAUGCACUUGGACCUUGAUGUUGUGCGGUUAUACAUUAAGCCACUACUCAUUGGAGAACUUGCCCCAGGAGAGCCCAGCCAGGAGAAAAACAAAAAUUCCAAGUUGAUUGAAGACUUCCAAGAACUGAGGAGGUUAUUAGAGGCUAAGAACAUGUUCAAGGCCGAUUUAGGAUUCUUCUUCCUUCAUCUGGUACAGAUAUUGAUCUUGGAAGUUCUGGCCUGUUUAAUACUGUGGAAUUUUGGCAGAAGCUGGGCUGUAACACUACUCGUUUCUUUUAUUCUCACUGUUUCUCAGGCUCAGGCUUCAUUUUUGCAGCAUGAUAUUGGACAUCAGAGCUUGUUCAAGAAGUCCAAAUGGAACCACUUGAUGCACAAAUUUGUCAUGUGUCAUCUCAAGGGUUUAUCAACAAACUGGUGGAAUUACCGACAUUUCCAACAUCAUGUAAAACCGAACAUCUAUCCCAAAGACCCAGACGUCGACGUGGGCCCCCUUUUCCUGCUUGGAGAAUUACAACCUAUCAAGUAUGGCCAGAAGAAAAUCAAGUAUAUCAACUAUGAAAAGCAGCACCUAUACUUCUACAUGGUUGCUGUUCCCUUGCUCAUGCCUGUGUAUUUCAACCUGCAAUCCAUGCAAGUGAUGUACCUUCGAAGAUACUGGGCAGACAUCGCCUGGGUCAUCACAUUUUACAUCCGAUAUUUCAUCACCUUUGGCCCUUUCUAUGGAAUCAUCGGAACGGUGUUGCUCAUUCAUUUUGUCAAACUUCUUGAAAGUCCUUGGAUUACAUAUGUGACCCAGAUGAGCCACAUCCCAAUGAAAAUGAGCCAGGAGGAAAACCAGGACUGGAUCAGCACUCAGGUCUUGGCCACCUGUAAUGUUGAGCAGUCCUUUUUCAAUGACUGGUUCACUGGACACCUGAACUUCCAAAUCGAGCACCACCUGUUCCCCACAAUGCCCCGCCAUAAUUAUCACAAAGUGGCACCAUUGGUGAGGUCACUCUGUGCCAAGCACGGGCUGCAGUAUGUGGAUAAACCCAUGUUGAAGGCGUUUGGAGAUAUUGUCAGGGCUCUGAAGAAAUCUUCAGCUCUCUGGACGGACGCCUACUACAAGACAUGA